CAUCACUCAAAUCAGAGACUUGUCAGCAUAUACCUAAAGUAUCCACAACAUCAAUGUUAAAAUUACCCCUAGCAUGCGAAAGUUUUGCUUUAUAAUUAUUAUCCUUUCAAUACUUUUUAAAUGCCUAACUACUCUUGUAGCAAUUGCCGAAAAGUAUGAUCCAUUUGUACUUUAUCCCACUACCAAAGAUUUCGAGAAGAUUUUAAUGGAAUACAGACUGGGCUUAGUGUUGUUUGAUGUUCCAUGGUGCCAAAAGUGCCACGAAUUUAGACCGUACUUUAAGAAAGCUGCGGCUGAACUUAAUAAAAGAGAAUCUUUUGCAGUUUUGGUUCAUCUUGAGUGUUAUGAAGAUUCCCGGAACAUUUGUUUAAAAUAUUCCGUUAAGGAAUAUCCCAAACUAAAGAUAUUUAGAUAUGGUCAGUAUGUACAUGAUUAUAAAGGCGAGUGGAAUUAUGUUGCUAUUAUGGAAUAUAUGCUGAGCCUUACGGAGACUCCCUGUCAAGAAGUGGUAACAUUGAACGAACUUAAUCAGUUGUUAAGCCAGCCAAAAAUUCCUAUAAUUAUUGGUUACUUUGCUAAAGUUACUGAUCUGAAAUUUAUUUUUUUUGAGGUGGCUUACAUGUUUACUAAUAUCAAAUUCGCACACUCACAUUCUAAAGAUAUUUUAAAUAAAAUAGGUAGUAAUGAGAGUAUAGUUCUCUAUCAAGCUCAUCACCUAAAAACUAUUUUAGAACCAACAUCAAAGAUUUAUAUAGGUGAAGCAAAUAUAAACGACCUGGUAUAUUUUAUAUAUACGAAUAUGUAUGGUUUGGUGGGAAUAAGAACUUUGGAAAACCAGCAAGAUUUCAAGUAUCCAUUGGUAGUUGUUUAUUAUGAAAUAAACUAUGACAUAAACCCAAAGCAAACGGUAUACUGGCGUAAUAGAGUAAUACAAGUAGCCUAUAUAUUUUCUGGAUUCAUUCAUUUUGCUAUUUCAUCCAGAUAUAAUUUUAGCCAUGAAAUACCGUCGAAAAAUUAUCAUCUAUUUAAUUAUCCUUACGUUGCAAUAAUUAUGGAUGAAAGUGGACAAAAGAUCGCAAUGACUGAGAAGUUCUCCGUGGAUAAUCUUAUAAAGUUCGUACAACGGUUCCUGAGUUCCCCCUUCCCAAAAUCAUUAAUAACUCCGAAAGAACAAAAUGGUCCGGUCAUUGAAAUAGUUUCAAGAAACUUUGAAACAUUUUUAUCCAGGAAUAAAAAAAACAUUUUUUUGGCAUUUUACGACCGUAACAGUAAAAUCUGGAAAGAUAUUGAACCAAUUUAUGAGGAAUUGGCAUGGAGACUUGUCAAUGAAGAGGUUUAUUUCGCAAAAAUGGAUGCUGUAAAUAAUUAUGUCCCUGUAACUUAUAAAAUUGAUAAAUUGCCCACUCUGUAUUGGAUUCAUGAUGAUUGGAGAUUCCCACCUAUCCAGUAUAAAGGGAAAAUAGAUUUCAACAGUAUUAUCAAAUUUAUUGCUGGGUUGACGAGUUUUGAGAUGAAUGGCUGGGACAGAAAUGGUAAUGUGAGAAAAAGAUUAGAACUCUAGGUAUCAUAUUAUAUUUAAUAUGUAAUUUCAUUCUGGUUUAUAUCUACUAUGAAUUUUAUAAAUAUAAAUUAUUGGUUAA